AUGGCAUCUGCUUCGCGAACCUUCACUCGUGCUCUGCGCACCGCCACCCCGUCCUUCCGUACCGCCUCGACGCGCUCUUCUCGCUUCGUUGCGCCCACCCAGAGUGCCUUCCGCCAGCAGUGGCAACGCGGAUACGCCACGGGCAAGGAGGAGGAACCAGACAAAUAUGAGGGCAACCCCACGGGCCUGAUCUGGGGUGCCGGUGCUCUGCUCGCCGGUGCUGCUGUGUACGGUGUGUACACGCAGAAGCCCGAGUUGUUCGGCGCGGAGAAGGUCAAGGCGCCGUUUGUCGCCAGGUUCGAGAACUACCAGCAGAUAUACGACGCUAUUGCCAAGAGGCUCGAGGAGCAUGACAGCUAUGACGAUGGGAGCUACGGGCCUGUAUUGCUUCGUCUGGCGUGGCACGCCUCAGGGACCUACGACAAGCUGACCAACACGGGUGGCUCCAACGGUGCCACGAUGCGUUUCGCCCCCGAGGGCGACCACGGCGCAAACUCGGGCCUCAAGGCUGCCCGCGACUUCCUCGAGCCCGUCAAGGAGGCCUUCCCCUGGAUCACCUACUCGGACCUCUGGAUCCUCGGCGGCGUCUGCGCAAUCCAAGAGAUGCAGGGCCCCAAGAUCCCCUACCGCGCCGGCCGCUCCGACCGCGACCUCUCCUUCUGCACGCCUGACGGCCGCCUGCCCGACGCGUCCAAGGACCGCAGCCACAUCCGCGCCAUCUUCGGGCGCAUGGGCUUCGGCGACCGCGAGAUGGUCGCCCUGUCUGGCGCCCACGCCCUGGGCCGCUGCCACACCGACCGCUCCGGCUACACGGGGCCCUGGACCUUCUCGCCCACCACCAUGACAAACGACUACUUCAAGCUGCUGGUUGAGGAGAAGUGGCAGUACAAGAAGUGGAACGGCCCCAAGCAGUUCGAGGACGUCAAGACAAAAACCCUCAUGAUGCUGCCCACGGACAUGGAAAUCGUAAAGGACAAGAGCUUCAGGAAGUACACCGAGUUGUACGCAAAGGACAACGACGCCUUCUUCAAGGACUUUAGCGAUGCUGUUGUUACGCUCUUCGAGCUCGGCGUGCCGUUUGUCCAGCCAGAGGACCAGAGGUGGACGUUCAAGAGCUCUUUUGAUUAG